AAAAGAGCUAUGCAUCAAUAUCAUGCGGCAACCAAAGUACCGUCUGAGCCCCAAUGAGGUGGAACGUCUGGUGAAAGAGGAAACAGAGCAGCGGAGGAAGCUACGGAUUGUGCAGGUUCGAGAACAAGCCAAGACCAAUGCCGCCAAAGUUCGGAAUGAUGUGCGCAGAGAGAAGUCACGCCUGCUCAAUAACAUGGCCUCGGAGAUCAAGGGCCAGUUGGAGGCUGAGAAAGGCGAGAAAGUAAGAAAACUGGAGGAGAAGUAUGAAAAUACUCUGAGGACAAUUGGCGAAGGACACAGAGAGGUUCAUCUGCGGGGAGAUGGACAGAACAGAGCAGAAUGGAGAAAGAAGCAGAAAGAAGCAGAGCUUGCGGCACAUGAACGAUUUAAAGUGGCCUUGGAGAGAGAGAAGAAAGAAGCAGAGGAGAGGGAGUUCAAGGAGAAGGAGCACAUAUAUGCCAGACAAGCGGCUUUGGAAAAAGAGCGAGAGAGGGCCGCUGAGAUUGCCUCCCUGCCCGCUCCUCCGCCGGACAUCUCAGUAGAGCUGGAAAAGAGUCAAAGACCUGGGAGACAUGCUACACGACCUGAGCCUGUUACAGAGAAAGGACCGUCGGCGCAGACAGAAUGUUGUCGCUGACCUGCCCAAACAAGUGUUUAUCCCACCGGAGAGAUGCAUGGAGGAGAGAGACGAGAGAGAGCUGGAGAUGGAGCGACGGUUUGAUGAGAUCUACAUGCAGCAACACAAGCUAGAGGCUAAUCAAGUGCGAAGCUUCGACGUCUCAGAUUACCCCUCUGGCCUGGAGUCCUCAGGGGAGACGAGCCUGGAUGUGGGUGCUUCCAGACUAGCUGAGCAGAUCCCACUGUCUCGCAUCAACCCUGCCGUGAGAGAGCUGAGCAGACAGCCUGCGUCGGAGGAUGGCAGUAGCGUGAAACCUCCUGACACAGUGCUGAAGCAGCUGCUGACCAGGAUCAAGGAGCAGCGGAGUGGUUCCGGCGCCGGGGGCAAGAGGCCCGGACUGUCCGUGCCAUGGGACGGUGGUGGUGGUGGUGGGGACGCAGCGGGGGACAGUCUGUCUGCCAGGUCCGGGGAGAGUCGGGCUGAAUGGCAGCGGGCGCCGGCACAUCAGGAAGUUCCCAAGGGGUUGGAGGAAAAGACUCCCGAGCACAGCGCGAUAGAUCUGGGUUUCAGCCCUGAUGGAAUCUCAUCGAGCCUGUCUGGGGCCGACUCUGUUGCCAUGGACAACAACGAGAGGAUGAUUGAGGAGCUGCGACGGAGGAUUGAACUCAUAGAGUCUGAGAAAGCCCGAGUUUCCCAGCAGUACAAAUCCCAGGUCGACAAGUUGACCUCCGUGAUGAGUCCGUUUGGAGGCGAAGAUUUGGCUGAGAGUACGCUGAGGGAGGUGGAUAUCGACACCACGCAUGAGAGCGAGGCCAGUGGCAAGGGGGGGCGCUCAGCCACUGGGGAGCUCAGCGAAAGAGAGAUGUUCACAAGAGUGCUGCCCCCUGAGGUCAUGUCUCCCGAUGAUCUGGCCAACGCGGCUGCCAAUCUGAGGCCGAUCACGGGAAUUCUGAAAGGUGUGAAGAACACGCAGUAUGAACUGAUGACGUCUAAUGGGUUCCUGCCUGUGCCAGAGACGUACGGGGUUCACAAAACAGAUGAUGAUGAUAGCAUAGAAAAUAAGGAGAGUAGGCGGGGGCUCACAACUGAUUUGGAUCACGUAGGGGACUGUAAAUCCUUUGACAAGAUGCAGGGUUUAGAUUUUGGGCAAGGUCUAGCUCAGGGUGAAUAUGGUAUGGGUCAUGUUGAUAGAUAUGAUGACAGCCUCACUCCAUCUCUUCCGUCUCAGUUACCUGCUGGGUUUAGCUUGAAGGUUGGUCUUAACACACUCUCUAAUCAGCCCCUUGUGUCGCGCGGGACUCAAGGAGAGGCAUUGGAGUUUGGCAGAACUCAGCCCGGCCUCUCAGCUCAGGCUCAGUGGUUGGGCUCGUCCGGUCCUAGGAUUGGAACGUCGGGAGAUCCGGAUCUGUCUCGGAAAGUACGGGAGUACCAGGAAAACGCUAGGCAGCGUCAGCUCAAUUUGGACGAGGAGACCCUUCGUAAGGUGCGGGAAUAUCAGCAGCGACUUCUCGACACGGAUGCUCAGAGGAAGCAGAUGCUGUCGGACAUCCGAGCAGACAUAGAGCAACGACGCGGGGAGCUCUUCUCAUCCCAGGCCUCGUCCUUAUCCCGCGCCAGUCAGAAGAUGUACCAGACACUCGCAGAACAAGGGCAGCAGACGGUGAAGCAACAGGGAGAGGAUGCGAUAUCUCAACGACAGGAUGCGUUGAGCUCAGGGAAGUCUUCCAAUCUGUCCGUACGAUACGAUCCAAAAACGUGGGAGCCCAUCAAACCCUUUAUCGCUGAUGAACGCACUCAGGGAAAAGGAUUAGUCUCCCCUCGUAAAGAUGCAGAUGCAGUUACCUCGGACAUUCUGCAGAGAGACCCUCACAAGGAUGUAGACUUUUCUUCACAGUGGGCCGAAGGAAUUAUCAGUCGCAGCGGUCGUGCUGGAUCAACAGACAAGAUCCGCAAGUCUCUCAUCUUUGAUGACCUUGAGCGUUCCGGCAUACAGAGUCCUGCCACAUCCUGGAAGGACGUCCUAAAUGAGACAUCGGCAACAGCCAAUGAGUCGCACCUGGUAUCCAGUGAGGAGGACAGAGGCAGCCCUAUCCUGGCCACAUCAGGCUCUGCAGGCCGACCAGAGAGCUCAGAGGACAAGUCCAACAACUCUGUCACUGGAAGUUCCUCCCUCAACGGCUCGGUGCUGGUGGCCCGCGCAGAGGAACGCCGGCUGGGCUUUGAGCGCCGCCAGCAGGAGCUGAGGGAACAGCUGGAGGAGAUCCAGCAACAGAAAGACUCCAUCCUCAAACGCUACCAGGACGGGCAGAGAGCCCUGCAAAGGCAGCAGGAAGAGCUACGGAGCAAGCUGUCGCACGCCACGUCGCAGGAUGCCACUCAGGCAGGAGAACCCUCAGCUGAGCAGCAGCGCAUUCGAAAGAAAUUAGCAGAAGUGAAUUCCCAGUUGGGUAUUGACCCACCGUCUUAUUCUCAUAGGCGAGAAAAAGACGGUAAAAACGAUGAGGGUGCAGUGAAAAGUCUGAAGGGGUUGAGAUCAACGGAAGAAGGUAACUCUAGCCGCGGAAGCGACGGGGGCACAGGUAGCAGUGGCAGUGUCGGCGUGGCAGACGUGUCCUCAGAGUCCUACCUGGAGGAAAUCUCGUACCAGCGCAUCAACUCCCCGCCCCCCGCAGGCCAGGAAGAUAAAGCUCUGCCCAGUUCGGCUUUCACCCGGUUGUCUAGCUCUGAUACUGCUGGACGACGGGACCUCUCGUUCCCGAUGGUCAAACCGUCUUCAGAGUCAGCGACCGAUGCACGGCUGCAGACAUGGGCCUCUGUGUUGUUGUCCUCCUCCAGUUCAACGGAUAGUCAAGGCGCAGUCUUGGAGAAAAAGGUCGGAAAAUUGCCGCAGACAAUGGGAUUCUCUACUGGAGCCACAGAGGCUAAUCGGUUUUCCAGAACGUCUGUUGAGGAGAAAGCUGAUGCUAGUGAUUGUCGGGAUGAUGAUUUUUGGUCAAAGCAGAGAGAAGCUGUACAGUCCGUCUCACAUUCUCAAACUGUUGAUGUGAGUAAAGGGGCCCAGAUCACCGACUCACAGUCGUCAUUGUCAUCCGGGCCCUGGUCUCAAGUCUUGAUGGAGCAUCGACCGCACGAGCUGAGCACUAUUCUGGAGGUGGACACGCCCACCAGCUCGGCGAAAGGCUCGGUGGUCAGCCGCUCGGCAGCAACCUCUCACUCCCAAGGUCAAACACAAGGUGCGGUGUCUGUUAGGACGAGCAGUAGCCAGAGUUUGUCAUCGGCGGGCAGCCAGCAGGAUUUGGGGUUGUCGUCAUUCCUCCAUGGAGGCCAUACCUCUGGCGCCAGAAUGGAUGUCUUCCCAGAUCUGCCCUACACUUUCCCUCAAGGCACAGCAGCCGCGGCUCUCUCUCAGGGCGGCACCGGGGGUGCUUAUGAUUUAAGUGGUCAGAAAAACACCCCGACAGAGCUCCCCCAGACUGGCCCGACUCACCGAGCCAAGCGUUCCCUCGACUUCUCCUCUCAGGAGGUACCAGCACGCUCUUUGCUUGGGGAGUAUCCGGAGCUAACAGCAGAUGAGGACAUUUUCCACACACCGAUGCCGGCCCUCGUUGAGCUAACGCCUUUGAAGACAGCUGCGAAAAUCCGCGAAAGCGUGGAGGCUGAUAAGGAGAAGUCUUCUGUCUUUGCAGGCAGUCCUGGGGGCCUGGUGAGCUCUGGCUGUGAGGCGAGCGUGGACACGGACAACUCCAGUUUGCAGGUCUCUGGCUACAGUGAGUACUUGAGGGGCUACAAGACGCUGCAGGCAGACGCCGCUUCGGAUGAUCUUGAAACGACAGAUUUGUCCUUGACCCUCAGUGCCGACCCUCUUAGGGUGACGGAGAAGAAGGAAGAGGAAGAUAUCCGAGAUGUGGGCAGUGCGGGUGCUUAUCGUCAUAACCCUAGUCUUCAAGUGAGGGGGGAAUCAGGCGUUGGGGUGUCGCAGCAUCAAGGCUUGACCUCUGGCCUGAGUCUACGACAGGAAAUUUCUGACACUUGUGACACGACAGACCCCUUUGACCUUCACGGCUCUUUGCCGUCGAUGAGCCUGACAGAAGUCUCCAUUUCCAGUGAAGAAGCAGAGAACCAUGAGGAUUAAAUCAAAGUCUUGUCCUGCCUACAAUGAGGCCUAGUCAUUAAACAGCACAAUACAGUGAUAAUAAUGUAAUAAUAUUAAUAGCUCAUCUGUCAGUGUCUGAUGAUGACCGAUACAUCCACUGGAGAGAAUAUUUCUUCAGCAAAAAAGAAGAAUUCAAAGAAUUAAAGGUUUCGAUGACUUGUGGCUUCUGCUGUGGCCGAUGAGACCAAUUCUGGCAAAGAAAAGUUUGCCACUUUUUGAACAUUCAAAAGCUCCACUUCCAUUAAUUGUGGAUGUGCGCAGCUUGCGGGUUUCUCUCUUAAAGUGUGCUGAAAUAAACAUGAAGCUUUAAAGUACAUCUUAGAUAAAUCCUUAGCCUGGGGCUUAAUCAUUAUACAGCAUGAAACUGUGAGAACACCUAAAAUACACCUUCGCGCAUAAUAAGGCUCUGUAAUUUUAGAGCAAAAUACAGUGAACCGUACUUCGAUAGAAUCGUGUGUAAUAAAACUUUUAGGUUUGUGUUUAGCAGGGUUCAUAUUUUCCCACUGUUUCAAAGGGAGUAACAAAACAAAGGAGGCAUUCGUUUGGUAUCAGAGAAGUGUAUUCCUGCAAGUCAGUUUACUGUGAGCCCUCUAUGAUGCUUAGCACUUUGCAGUCACACAGCCAGCAGUACAAAAUAUCCCAUCUGGUCACCCUUCCAGGAGAGCAACUGGAACGGACCUCUCGUGCGCUGCCAAGUGACCUCAAAAUGUUAACCCCCAACCUGGCAGUGAUAUUGUAGUGCUGUCUGCUGAACAUUUAUGUUGAUGUGGGCAUCGGAGGUGGUACAGAAAGACAAAAGAUUUAAUUGAUUUGAAAGCCAAGCUGUGAUAAGAUUAAUAUUAAUUGAUAUUAAUUCAUUAAUAAAUGUGAGGCUUCAUGGUGAAAUCACGCGCUCGUCGAAAUAAUGAAAUUGAAGAAAUCUGCAUUUUUUUGCCCAUUUGUCUAUUUUUAUCUA